CUGACUGUUUCUUCAUACAAAGCAAAGUUGCUUCUCUCAUUUGAAGGGUGACAGAAGGGAUUUCCAGCUAUGAUCUGCUACUUUCUGCUGCUUGCCCUAGUAGCCCCGGGCUGGAGCCACCCCCCAGGGAGGCCAGGCGGAGAUUCUGCAUCCUUUGUGCCUCCUCCUCCUCCACCUGUCAGCCAUGACCUGAUCAAGGGAUGGGAACACCCUGAGGAGUUCAGGACUGGAGCACCCUUACCAACAAAAAAUCUACCCAAUGAAUCUGAGAAUGGCAGGAAUAAGAGUGACCUUCAUCAUGAAAAAGCUGCCCCCACUGGAGUCCCACAUCAUACUGGAGAAGUCCCACAUCAUACAGGAGAAGUCCCACAUCAUACAGGAGAAGUCCCACAUCAUACAGGAGAAGUCCCACAUCAUACAGGAGAAGUCCCACCUCACACAGGAGAAGUCCCACCUCACACAGGAGCCCACAGCGGCAGUGGUGAAAUAAGCCAUCCCCCCAGACCUGAUAUUACCCACAAGUCAAAUGAAGAAAAGAGACCUGAAGGAUUCAGGACUGGAGCCCCCUUGCCACCCAAAAAACUUGAGCAUGGCAGGCAUAGGAGAGAUCUUCCCCAUGGGAAAGCUAUCCCUACUGUAGUCCCUCAUGAUACAGAGGAAUUCUACAGCGGCAGCGGUGAAAUAAGCCACGAGUCAAGUGAAGAAAAGAGACCUGAAGGAUUCAGGACUGGAGCCCCCUUGCCACCCAAAAAACCUGAGCAUGGCAGGCAUAGGAGAGAUCUUCCCCAUGGGAAAGCUAUCCCUACUGUAGUCCCACAUCAUACAGAGGAAUUCUACAGCGGCAGCGGUGAAAUAAGCCACGAGUCAAGUGAAGAAAAGAGACCUGAAGGAUUCAGGACUGGAGCCCCCUUGCCACCCAAAAAACCUGAGCAUGGCAGGCAUAGGAGAGAUCUUCAAUAUGGGAAAGCUAUCCCUACUGUAGUGCCUCAUGAUACAGAGGAAUUUUACAGUGGCAGCGGUGAAAUAAGCCCCCCUCCCAGACAUGGUCAUUCUGGCUUUAUCCACAUUGAUGAGUCAAGAGAAGGAAAUGAUUGGGCAUGAUUGGGAGAAAGGAAAGAAGCCAGAACACUAAGGCGAGAAUUAAAGAGCAAACCAAGCACAUUGGAUAAAAUAUUAUUUACAGCUAUGCAAAAACCAAUAAAAUCAUGCUAAAUAUUU